UCAAACGUUUACGUUGUGUGCGGAAUUCGGUGGUGGAUUGUGUCACCAAGAAAAACUUGCUGGAAAACAAAUCUUUUUGAUAGAGGAAAAACAUUCGGUUGUUAGUCUAGACUGUUCCUAAAAUUUGCCGUUUUCUGUGGUUGUUUUCGAUAGAUUAACCAUUAGUUAAGCGCGUGUAAUGGAAUGUGUUAAAUGAAGGCUGGUCUAUGGAUUGCAGUAGAGGUUCUAGUGUUUGACACCUUACGAUAGAAUAAUAAUUAUUUAGGUAGGAGUUUAUGGAAAAAUGUGUUAUGCUUUGUUCUGGUUUCAGUGAAUGAAAUCGUAGAGGAAAAAUCAAUCACCUUGAAGGUGUGGAGAAAUUAGUCAACUUGGAGUGAUCGGUUGCUGCUGCUUCGGUGCGGGAAUCCCUAUAAUAUUGUGGGCGACCGGAAAGAUAAUGAAGUGUCUAUGACGGUGAUGUGUAAAAGUAUCGAGAAAAAAAGUUCUCGAGUUUUUCACGAAAAAGGAGCUAAAGUUUCGACUGUGCAAAUGAGUUACUGCUUGCAAGUGUGAAAUAUGUUGUGUACCUUCUAAUUUGUACGAGUGACAAAAAUAGAGGUUCUGUGCAUGUGAGCCCCAGGUGUACGGGCAAAGGUAUGAAAGGAAAUCGAAAGUGGUAGUUUGAACUUGAUAACGAAAAAUACAUAGGUGACGUUAUCAAGCAGUGCGAACACGAAGCAAAUCGUAGCCCAUAAAGUUCAACGCUCUGAGUGGCAGAAACUCCGUCCAAUCCGUAAAAAAAUUAGUUCAACAUUAGACAGGAGCCUAAUUGCAAAUGGACGCGUGUGGCUCACCUGGAUUCAACCUGUAGUGGUAAGCGGGGAAAAUUCAGAUAGGUUAAGCUGAAUCGCUGUACGACUACGGGAGAAGCACAACGCCAAAGAAGAAACCCGUUCUUGGAAGCCACACAUACAACCUCGAGUGGACUGGGAGGCUUUUCCUGCAUCGGCUGGCAAUGUUCAUCGGUCGGCAGAACAGAAACUGCUGCAAAGAAUAGCUGACAACUAAACCUGAUCGUUGAGCCAGUGUCAUUCGUACCGCGAGAUCAUCGUCAACACGUUUCGCAGCAAGCAACCAAGCAAAUAAGCAGGCCAAUCAUCAGUGAUUCUUCCCAGGCAGGCAGACAACCAACGGCGGAAUUCAAAACAACUUUGUUGCGUUAGACCGUGCGGCGCGCGGGUGGAAAAAACAGCUAAUUUUCGUUGGUUUCCGUUGAAACUACGAAACCGGGAGGGGAGUGUACCCCCUCCUCAUCGCUACGUAAUGCAAAUGGGUGAAAUUUGCCCCAUUUGGGAAAGGUGACAGUGCGCCUCAUUCGAAACGUUGCCGAUGCGCAGCACUCUUGCAAUGCCGGCAGUGGCAGUUGGUUGGCGCUGGUGAAAAUGUAAACAGAACUACUCGUGGUGAAUAAGUUAAAUUUCGUUUUUUUUGUAUUGGCGGCACGCGACGAACCAUAAAAUCAUAAGAGAAAAAGAAUGCAUAAAUUAAUCGUAAUGGUUCAGUGAUACCAGCUUGAAAUUCUAAUCUUUCGCGACCGAAAAGGAAUAGCUGUUUUUGUCCUCUAUUUUUCUUUUUGCCGACGGAAACCGACACGCGAUAAAAACGCCGGGAAUUAAAUUAGCGGAAAAAUAUUAAUCUACAUUUGAGCUUGCCGUUGAACGUGUGGUGGACGAGAGAGUGUUGAUGUGCUGACCGUUUUGUGUGCGAGCCGCGCGAAUCGUAACAGCAAAGAAGAGCGCGCGCACGCCGGUGUGGUGAAUUUAAGCUUUCGAACAUCGAAACAACCAUAGAGACCCGUUUGAUCGAAUGAAGUGAGUGCCAAACGAAGACGGCGGUGCACAAGUCAGCCGAAGUCAGCGCAGAGUGGUGAAUUCGUUACGAGUCGAGAGUGUCUAGUCGACAACGAUGAAUCCAUACGCUGAACAUAACGUCAUCCGAGCGCCAUCUCUGAAGCGAGGAAAGAACGACGAAGGACUUAACAAUCGGAUCAAGCUGAAGAAGAUCCUUGGGCUGACAGUAUGCAGCAACGCGGGAUUGGACGUUUCUUCGACAACAGGUGUCUUGGCGUAUCCAGCAGGAUGCACCGUGGUCCUGUUCAACUCGAAAAAACUCACCCAAUCGUUCCUGCUGAAUACCGCCAGGAAAGCAAUCACCGCGGUCGCAUAUUCGCAAUGCGGUCGAUAUCUGGCCACCGGUGAGUGCGGACACAAUCCCUCAAUCAAGGUGUGGGAACUAGAUGCCAGCGGAAGCGGCAGCUACGAAAAUGGAGCAGCCGGAAGCAUUGUGGCGGAAUUUUCCGGCCACAAGUACGCGGUUAGCUGCGUGGCAUUUUCACCCACCGGAAAAUAUCUGGUGUCGGUGGGCUCACAGCACGACAACGUAGUGAACGUGUUCGAUUGGAAGGCCAAUCUGAAGAUAGCCUCGAACAAAGUUAGUGCAAAGGUGGUUGCUGUGAGCUUCAGCGAGGAUGCCAAUUAUUUUGUGACAGUGGGGAACAGGCACGUAAAGUACUGGUAUCUGGAGGGUAGCAGAAAGUACAAGGAACCGAUCCCGCUGAUGGGACGGAGUGCUAUUUUGGGCGAGUUGCGGAAUAAUGACUUCUGCGCGGUGGCCUGUGGAAAGGGAGAAAUGGCGGACAGCACGUACGCGAUUACUCGUAAUGGACAUCUGGUGGAGUUCAAUGCACGACGACUGCUGGACAAGUGGGUUAUGUGUAGGACAAAUGCGGCCAACUGUAUGGUCACCAGUACAAAGUAUAUCUUAGUGGGAUGCGCGGAAGCCAUCAUUAGAGUAUUCAACGCGGAAACCUUGGAGUACAUAACGACCCUCCCACGGACACACUUUCUGGGCGUGGACGUAGCGCAGGGCAUUCACAUCAAUCAUUUGAUGAGUACGCCGCAAAAUGCCAAGUAUCCGGACACGAUCGCAAUCGUGUACGAUGAAAACCGCUCGAAGGUGACGUGUGUGUACAACGAUCACAGCCUGUACAUCUGGGAUCUGCGCGAUAUUCGGCGGGUGGGCAAGAGCCACUCGUUUCUGUAUCAUUCGGCGUGUAUCUGGGGUGUGGAAACGGUGCCAUUUAACUAUCUGAAAAACAACGUUUCGGAUAUGUUGCCAUCGGAUAGUUUCCUGACGUGUUCCUCGGACGACACGAUCCGGGUUUGGGACAUCGAUAACUGCGAGAGUAAUGAUCUGUACCGGAAAAACAUCUACAGUAAGGAAUUGAUGAAGGUGAUCUACAUCGACGAGGAAUUGAACUUUAUCAAGGAUAUGGACAAUCCGAUCCACAAUACGGAGAAAAAUUCCAGUUACGACGGACGGAACGGGGUAAGGUGUAUCAAAAUAAAUCCGGCAAAUAGUCAGCUGGCCACGGGAGAUAGGAGCGGUAAUAUUCGGAUCUAUAAUCUCAGUAAUCUUAAGUUAAUUACGACGAUCGAAGCGCAUGAUUCGGAGGUGUUGUGCCUCGAAUACACAAACGAAAAAAUCGAACGAAAACUUCUGGCCAGCGCCAGUAGGGACAGGUUGAUUCACAUAUUCGAUUGUGAAGCGGGUUAUAGGAUCUUGCAAACGCUGGACGAUCACUCGAGCAGUAUUACUUCAGUGCGGUUUAUCGGUACGGGCAAGCAGUUCCAGAUGGUGUCCUGUGGUGCCGACAAAUCCAUCAUUUUUCGCAACUUCCAAAACAAUGUCUUUCUAAGGGGAAACAACUGUGCCGGUAAAAAUACGCUUUACGAUAUGGAGGUAGAUAGUAACUAUAAACACAUCCUGACUGCCUGUCAGGAUCGAAACAUUCGUGUUUACAGCACGCAAAAUGCUAAGCAUACCAAGACCUUCAAGGGGUCCCAUUCUGACGAGGGAAGCUUAAUCAAAGUAAGUCUCGAUAUGAGCGGAAUCUACAUCGCGACCUCCUGCACGGACAAAACGCUCAGUGUCUAUGAUUACUAUUCCAACGAGUGCAUGGCUCGAAUGUACGGCCACAGUGAGCUGGUAACUGGUUUGAAGUUUACCAACGACUGCAAGCAUCUGAUUUCUGCAAGUGGGGAUGGAUGUAUAUUUGUUUGGCAAGUCCCGCACGAUAUGAUUGUGACGAUGCAAGCUCGACUUUCACAGCAAGCCCUUCGAUCUGGCCAUCAACCUAUUCCUCGUCCCCUUUCCAACGCCUUCACCGAUGCCAUCAUGGAGCACCAUCAGCCAAACAACGAUCAGUAUGGAUCACCACCAAACAAUUUGUUCAUUGAGGAUGCUCCAGUUACUCCCGGCUACCGAUUCUCCGAUGUCGGCCAGUUACCUCAGUGGGCCAAACGGAAGCCUACCGAAGAUCAACCAAACUCCCCGGUCCUAGGAAGCAGUCCUAGCCAAAUUCAAAACUUUGGUGGUCCACCGAAACCUCGGGGACGAUGGGGACAGAAGGGACAGUUCGAUGAAGCUUUGGAUUUGCGGAACAUUGUCGAGAGUCCUAUGAACACAACGUACAACAAUGAGAAGCCAGGUUUGCAUCACACAAAUAAUAAUAACACACCAACUUCUGGUUACAACAGUGGUAGUUCUAAGGAUGUCUACAGCAAUGCCUAUCUCAGCGAGGAUAGUUCGAUAGAUAGUGGUCGAGAAAAUCGACGAGAUAUCACAUUCCUGCAUAAGAAAAUUUCCGAAACGAAAGCACUACAUUCACUUAAUUCGGAAUCGAACACGGAGCACGAUGGUGAUGUGGAAGACAUUUCAGAUGGUGAACGGACCAGUUCCGAGCAUGGCAUGGUAUACUACCCGACGGCAGCGCCUUCUACGCCCACAGAUUUCAAAAUCAACGAGAUCGAUGUUAACGAGCUUAGGAAAUCGAUACGACGACAGAAGCUGGAAAAACAAGGACUAAGUAUAGCGGCGCAGCUGCAAUUACAAAGUGCAGCUUCGACUGGAACCGGUACCGGUACAUCGGAUGACGAAGACGAAGGAUCAACGCCUAGUGGUGACAACGCGGAUCGUUCGCUGGCAUCCACAUUGGGUGGCAGUUCCGAAAGUAUACCUCAACAAACAUCGUCCACCUUCCUUCAGGCAGCACUGGAUGGUCCCGCCAGUCUUUCGGAUAAGGAACGAGUUCAAAGCCGCAAAAGCAUCAGCGCGAUGCAUAAUAACGACGCCAAAAUUACCACCAGUAUCUCCAAAUCGUACGCCAAUAACAAAAAGGAGGAACUGAUGAAGGUCAUUAAUGAGGCCAAAGCAAAGCUGGAAAACAGGAUUAGAAUUCAUAGUGUGCGUGACGUAAAAUACUCAUUAAAUCUAGUUAUUUCUAAGGUUGGUUACCGAUCCGGUCUCCGCGCUAGUCAAAGUAUUUCCGAUCUAAGUCAUCCGAUGGGUGGAGGUAUUGGUGGAGUAGGACGACAGCAACGAAUAGGUGACGCACCCUAUACGUAUCGUAACUAUCCUCAACAUUCUGUGAUUCCGAAUGCCCACAACUACCUGAACUGUGCUGCCUCUCGGUCCCGUCUUAUCCAGAAUUGUGCCAUGAUCAAUCAGUUCCAACAAGAACUACCACCCUAUCCGAAAAAUCUAGGAAUCUAUGCCAAACUCGACGAAGACGAGAGUGACGAUGAGAUGGUGAUCCGUCCUGAUAAGCUUGAACUUCCUGAGCUACCCCCGGUACCAGCAGAUAAACUCCGCAAGCAUCCUGGUAUCCUGAAAAACUACAAAUCGUGUCCAGUGUCCCCUGUGCACGAAGAACAGGAAUGGAGUAUUCUGUCGAACCAAGAUAGUGACGCGGGUCCUUCAGACCGCCAAACUCGACACUCGAUGUACUACGAAGAUGCCAAAACCAUCCUGGACAUGAUUCACUCCGAUACGGAGAAGAUGAUUCAGGAAAUCACUAGCAAAUACGGUGAUUUGGACGAUCUGGAACCGAAAAAAUCAUCUCAGGAAACGAAACCGGCAAUAUCAACGGAUCGCGAUCAGGAUCGGUUGGAAGUAGUUAACAAACCUCUCAAGGAAGCCAACAGUACCGCUCGAAAGGAACGGAACGAACACGGGUUCCUCUCCGAGGACGAUCCUAACUUUAGCUCCGAUUCGUUAGAAGACUGUAGCUUAGACUUAGACGUAGACAAGACUGAACAAGGUAGAAGUAAACGUAACACCUGUGCCAAACAUCAGAAACCGAUCGUUCCCCUACCCAAGCGAUCCGUUUCGGAUUACUUAAUUUACGAUAGCUUCCUACCGGUUCCUUACCGAAACGUUUCUCUCUCGGAUAUAUUGGACGAAGACAAACGGUGUCCUGAUAAUCGGUUUCUGGAGUCACAAAGACAUUCCAGCGCAAGUUUCUUCCUUGGGCAGCAAUAUCCGGAUCGGAAGAGUCAGGAAAGUAUUCUCUCCGAUGACUACGGAAGUGGUGGCGUUAGCUAUUGCAACAGCAUGGAGAGUAUCUUAUCGGAUGAUUCCGAAUGCAAAAGUGCGCCGCUGGAGGUACUGUUCGAGCGAAUCAAGCGCGAUCGUAGUUAUUGCGUCAACAGCGAGUAUAAGAACGAACCCGGUGGUACCUCUAAGUCUUACGGAUCCAGUCCGAACGCCUGCAGUGGUUUUGAUUAUUACAUGCAAGGGAACUAUUUCAAUCGAGAUAUUCCUGAUGGUUACAGCUGUGAUAAUUUAGAACCAAAUCCUAGAAUCUCCGAGUCCCGAUCGCCCCAGCACAAACGGCUUGGUGUCCCGGGAAUGCCAACCUCAGUCAGUUAUCCACGAUUCAUAUCAAGCUCCGCAAUGGCUGCUGCCGAGGAGAUUAUCGAAGAAGAUUUCAUUCCGUCUUUAACCGCUAAAGCUGCUCAGUACGGAGGUGGUACGGUGAAGAGCCUGAGCAAAGAUUUCGCUAACCAACGAAAACAAAUGAAUUCCAACCCGAUGUACAACUGUGAGGGGAACGAAUUGUUUGUCCGCAAAACGGUCAACGCCACUAAUCACAUCACACGGUCGGACAUUUUCGGGAACGAGUCUUCGGUGUACGUUAUGAAAAAGUCGUGUAGUUUUGAAAUCGAGAUGGGCGGUCGAAGAAUCGCUCGUAAUUCGAAAAAGUUCGAGCAGAACUUGCAACGGUUCGAACAGGAACGGCAGCUAUCGGAUCGUUAUCGAUUCGGUGGGAAUCUUGAGAUGGAUUAUGUUCCGCACAAACCACCGGUCGCUCAUCGACGGUCGGCUAGUAUGAAAGGUCGUGGCCGGAUGAGGUCAAAGGAAAAGUUUAACACUAUUAUCGGACAGAUGUCGUCCUCUGUGCAGGAAGAUAACAAGCUACGUGACUUCGUCAACAAAGACUACAUGUCGAAGGAGUUGAACGUUGUCGGUUGUUCGAAGCGAGGAACUCAGGAAGCGGGGGACGAGAAGUCUUUUGAGAUUUACGUAGCCGAGAAAGGUGUCUGCGAGGACGAUAAUAUGGAUAGUUUGGAGUUGUUGGCGAAGCCGGAUUUACGCAAGGUAAACUCGGUGGAUUCUUUGGAUGAUGGGCGUGAGAUGCAGGAAUGUAAGGAGUCUCCAGUGAAGGGUAGAAUGGAUUUGGAUAAGUUGAUCAAUUUUAGCUUGGUGUCGUCGGUGGAAUACAGUAAAUUUUUGGACAUUGAAAAAAAGAUUGAGAUUAUUAACAAAUUAGUGGAAAUGGAAGAACGGAAGCUGGAACAAGAGCGAAUGGCGAAGGAAAAUCGGAUGAAGCCGUUCGAGUGUGAUUCGCGGCAGAAGGGAUACGUCAAGAGCCUGACGGAAAAUUUUGACAAAUUGGCAAAGGAUGCACAGGAACAGUUGGAAAACGAGAAGAGCUGGCAUAUGGCUCAUACGGCUAAGAUGAAGCGGAACUUCAGUCUGCCGGAUGUGUUGGAAGGGGCAAAGUUUCAGCCGAUGAAUUUUCACGAUUCGGAAGAUUUGUUUAAGCAGAAGGACGAAGACGAACUGUCGGAAAAGGACGAACACUCGCUAGGAUACGUCGAGGGUGAAGGCGGUAAUCCCCGAAGCUUAAUCUCUGCGCAAGAUAGUGAUGAGUCAUCGAUUAGACGUGCUUGCUCGCUUAGCGAUUUGAGUAUGGGAAAAGCUACUAACUAUAAACCAGUACCCAGCAGCCGUAACAUCGUUCAGCAACGGAAUGUGCCCAAACGAAGUACCUCUUCGGUUGGGAAAGGUGGAGCAUCCCUAUCCUCUGGAAUGGGGGUCCGAAGCGUUUCUGUUGGCAUGUUAAAUCAAGCUAGCGACUCUGAACCGGAACCAUCAGCAGCAACCCGGGGAGGACUUAUGAAACCAACCAUUAGCUCACAAAACAAAGUCAACGGCACUAGUAACAACGGGAAGUACGUCAAUCCGCGCAGUGCUGCUGGGAUCAUCAAUCGACGGAAAGGUUUACAGAAUGCUUAUAGUAGUGUAAACAUAGCAUCUGCGACACAGGACGAAUCCAGCUCGGAGGAAUCGCCAACCAGUACGGUUAGUAUAAUACCGGUGAAGCCUGCUGUACCACCCCGCCCACGAAGCAUUGCACUGGAGCACAAACGAAUAGCGAACGUGAAUGCAAGCCUGAAUGCGAAGAAAGCUCCCAGCACUAAUAUGGAGAUGGAGAGUAUGAUCAAGGAUGGCGAUUUGGAUAACGCUGACUUGACCAAUCAACUCUGCUCCAAUAUUAUCAAUCAGUUGGUACAAACGACGACUUCGGUGAUACAGCUGCACCAGCGGCUGAAAUCCAACGAUGAAUCUGGCGGUGGAAGUGGCAGAAACAAUUCACUCAUGAUCAAGGAACUAGAGAAUGCGGUCAUUAUGACGCAGAACAUGUUGACGAAGGUGACCAAUAGGAACAUCGGAGGCGACGGUAUCAACCUGAACAACAGCACCAGCAUGUAUGAAAAAUGCAACGACAUUCUGAACCAGGUACAGAAACACGUGAACAACAGCGGCUGACAUCAACAGCAGCCGUCGAUAACGACGACAACGACAACAACAGCUUUGGGCGACUACUAUUGAUCCCUAAAUAUUGUGUGGCUAUUUUUCUAGUUCUUUAUGUUUGUUUCCGAACAUCUCCAAAUUUGAAUGUAGAACAGUGUUUGAUGCGUGUUUUGUCCGGCGAUGCAUUGUAAUAUUAAUAAUGUGAAUGUGGGCGAGUAUGUUGUUGCAAAAUAUUAAGUAAACUAAUUUUUUGAACCAGCAAAUGGGAUCUUUAUAACAAGGACAGCUUUAAAGCAAAUAUUACUGGAAAGUACGUGUGAACGUGAUUAAUUAGUUGUUGUCAUUCGUGGGUUGGUUGCGAAAGAAACUAAAUAAUAAACUACAAUAAGUCAAUAAUCAUGAAAUGUGCUUAAUCAAAGAAUGGGAAUAGAUGUGACUUCGUCAAGCAGUAGCUGAAAGAAGAAAAAAAACAUGUUUCGUCCAAUUUAGUUAUUAGUUAAUUUUAUACUGCUUUUAAGGUAGGAAUUUGACACAAGUGUUUAAGUUUAUCCACCUCAUUUGAGGAGUGGAAGUUUUUGAUGAAGGAAAACGCCAUAUCUAGAUUUGUUAGUUGAGAAUAUAGUUUCUUCUUUCUGUUGCGCAUCGAUCUUAGAAGCCAAUGGUAGAUAAAUUGUUUUAGUGUUUUUGACUUUUUAAUGAACCUAUUAACUAAGAAAAGUAUUUUUUUAUCGUUAGAUUUACCAACAAUCGAGAUGGUUAAGCUUUAUAUUCAAUCGAUCGUUUCGUUUCCAAAAUCUAGGCAAUUGGCUUCUCACUUUCUAGAUACUUGUUCAAGUUGGCAAGAAUACAGUACCCAAAUAGGAGUUAACCGUUUUUAGAUUGUCAUUUUAGUAGUUAGAAGUACUACUUAAAUACUUUUGCUGUAUAGUAAGUUCUAAUGUUCCAACAGACUCGUUUAACAAGCUCUAGUACUUCGAAUGGUAACACGUUGCAUAACCACUUAAUUAUUAUUAAAUCAUAUUGAUUUAUCCUACUAAUCGUAAGCAAAGUUUUAAGAUAACAAAUCAAAUCUUGUAAUGACUACCAUUUUCUUCCGUACGCCUCCGGAAAAAAAAUUCUGGCGAUGCCAAUAAAAUAUCAUUCAAAUUGAUCGUGGAUGACCGUAGAUUGAUCUUGAAACACAAUUGUCGAAAAAAAAAGUUCUCAAUCGCAAACGCCAAACAAUAGAGAACAAAUCAAGCACACACAAGCACCUCAAACCAACAUUUAAGGUUCAACAACAACAGUCAAUAGAGAGAAAAUUACAGUAGCUCUGAAUCGAAUAUCAGAGAUUUCAUUAGAAGAAACUUUGCUUUCACAUUCAACCUCAGGCUUAUCUUAACAUCAGGAUCCAUUCAUUACACUCAACCAAGCUAAAAAAAAGGCAAAUUAAUCUUACUACACCUGACAAACUACUCUUGUAACUAAUUGAGGAAAACUUACAAAGAAAAUCAUCAAUCUAUUAACAAACAGUUCACUUACCUAGUAGCUUUUUACCACUAAGGCAAAUCUAAUCCAACAAAUCAGAUUGUAAAUUUGGGGAAUGGAAAACUGACAACAAAUUUUAACGCUUAUGAUUCCGUUCCACACAAGCAGAUGGUAGGGAUUUGAGUCAACAGUUAGACCUACACAGGCACGAGACAGUAGUAUGAUAACAAUGGUCGGAUUUGAAGAGAUGGUAAUAAUCAAUAGCGAGUAAAACUGCUGAGACAGAUUCAUUCAUUCGCUAAGGAUAUCCGCGUUAGGAACUGACAGAACUAAUUGAGGAAAAAAAGAAAAUAUAUUUAAAAAGUCAUAUUUUAAAAACAA